UAUUGUCGUGCUGGAGCAGCACCGGGUCAAGUUCCACCCACUAAUUACUGUUUAGGUGAACUUCGCCCGGUAACCCAGUUUUGUCCAAACGGUAUACUGUCGCAGUUCACAUUUUUAAAAAAUCUUGCUUUUACUUUUCCUACUCCGACAACUCAAACUUAUUGGACAGGCUCUUUCCAAAGCUAAUUCAAGGCUGUUUGGCAGUACGCGGUGUCCUGAGGUCACAGAUGGUUGCUAUGCUGCGCUGCAGUUGCCGUGGAGGCGGAGUGCAGCUUGUCGGGACGGUCGGUUGAAGAUAAAGGACGUAACUGUCACACGCUGGAGGAGCGUAGCGAAGUUUAUCUGCGGGCUGAGGAUCUGAAUGGAAGAAAUUUUUGAGUAAAAUGGAUAGUGCUUGUUAAAAAAAAAUAACGAAAAAAGUUUUCCGUGUCUUAAAGAUAAAAGAUCUCAAAGUUGUCGUGCGCGCGGACGUGCCUUUGGAACUGGAGCUCGAGCUGUCGUUUAACCGUACUGCCGCAGUUGUUGGGAGAGACGUUAAUUAAACGUAGACGCCAAGAUCAGCAACUUCGACUUACGAUAUUUAAUAGCAAACAUCGCACGACAAUUGAACUAUCGGUUCCCCGCUACUGACGAGGACAUACGGAGAAGAUCAAAUCAGCAUGGUUACCACAAAGGGAGCGGGCCUGAACCCCAAUGCCAAAGUGUGGCAGGAGAUCCCUGCCCAACAGAGUGAGAGCCCCGAGGAGAUGGACAAUGCUCCAUGGCUCAAUACCUGCCCUCCUCCUGCUGAAAUGACCGAAGAUUACUCAGAUGUUCCCUCUUCAGGAGGUAAAGGAUACUACAGUGAAAACGUGGACAGCACUGCUGAGUAUACCCCUGUGAAUGACAUCAGUCCGUCUGACCAGGGGUAUUUAGGCUUUGACCCACAGUGCAAAUCCACCAUAGAUAAUGCAUCUGAGGUGCGGCCGAUGUCCGAAGAGAGUUUGAGACAGUCUUUAAAGGAACGUCUCGAGUUCUUCUUUUCUAGAGAGAACCUUUCAAAGGACCUCUACUUGAUAUCCCAGAUGGAUGGUGAUCAGUUUGUUCCCAUUUGGACACUUGCUUGUAUGGAGGACAUUAAAGCUCUUACCACUGACAUGGACCUCAUUCUGGAUGUACUGCGAGCCUCGCCCAUGGUCCAAGUUGAUGAAUCUGGGAAGAAGGUUCGACCAAACCACAGUCGCUGCAUCAUUAUUCUAAGAGAAGUGCCGGAGACUACCCCAGUUGAGGAAGUAGAGGCUCUUUUUAAGAGCGAACACUGCCCGAAACUGUUAAGUGUUGAGUUUGCGCACAACAGCAACUGGUACAUAACUUUUCAGUCAGACAUGGAUGCACUACAGGCUUACAGAUACCUAAGAGAGGAAGUUAAAAUGUUCCAAGGGAAACCAAUCAUGGCCCGCAUUAAGGCCAUUAAUACAUUCUUUGGCAAGAAUGGCUUCUGUAGCGUCCAGGAUUCAGGUGUGUACAGUCAACAUGCUCCGCUGCAGGCCCCGUAUGACUCAAGUGCUCCAGUGUACAUGCAGUCGAUGUACAGCCCUCAGCAGCAAUACCCUGUUUAUCCUAUUGUCUCUCCCUCCUGGAAUCCUCGGCCAUCAAGCAUGCCUUAUUUUGAAACACCGCUGGCACCUUUCCCUAACAGUGGAUAUAUGAAUGGUUACAGCAGUUCCGGGAACUACAAAGCUAACUCAAGCUCAGUCAACACACAUGCUGCUAUGACCAGGAACCGAAAUCAUUUAAAAGAUCAUCCCAGGCCUGGAGAUGUGCACUCUUCUUUUGCACCAAGGAACCAGGUGGAUGGUGUGUCUGGUCCACAGGUCCUGCAAACACAACAGCUGAUCUCUCUGGCCUCCUUCAACCUUAAAGAUGUGAGCGGGGCUGGACGGGGCAGAAGAGGCCCCAAUCGAAGCACAAGGAGAAAAAGGGAAGAUGAGCAGGCAACGAAGGCCGUCCCUGUACCGGAGGCCAAGGCAUCACAUCCAAAGUUUGACCUGGCAGCCUCCAAUUUUCCACCUCUGCCCGGAUCUGUUGUCAGUAUGCAGGAGGAAAGUGUCCCUGAGAUGCGCCUUUCUGAUAUUGUGCGUGGCCUGAAGGUGACAAACAAGUCUGUCAGCAAAGAUGUUCCCACAAACAUCGCAGAAGGUCCUGUAAACAAACCUGAUCCUGUAAUUCCACCUAAACCUGCUGUUGUGUCCUCACAAACAACCACUCCACCAGUCUCAAGUGAUUCUCUUGUAGUAAAGGAAGAGGAUAAAACUGAAGCUCCUGUAACAAAGGAAAAUGUCUCCUCAUCUGCACAAGCUCACACACAAUCAUCUUCAGAACAUGCUCCCUCCACCUGCAGCCAGGCUCUUUCUACCGAAACACCUUCAUCGCCUCCCACAUCUCCAACAUCAGAACCGGGUCUAAAAAAGCUCAGUUAUGCAGAGGUGUGCCAGAAGCUGGCCAAAGAACCGCUGCCAGCACAGAUGCCUUCUCCCUCCACUCCCACCUCUUCAGACAGCCAACCCCUGCAAGAGCUCAAGGUAAACAGGGUGGAGGAGCCUCGUCCCAAUGGUCGACAAACUGCGGAGAAGCGUGGAGAUAAACGGCCUCCUCGGCAACCACUGCGCUCCUUCAGAGGGGGAAGUGGCCAAGCCAGAGUCCGAGAGCCAGGGCAGAAGAUUCGGGAACAUCAGAAGGGCCUGAACACUGGGAAACGAUUUUCACCACAGCGGGCAGCCAGACGCAGUGGCAAAGAACAGAAUAUCCCUCCAAGUUCACCGAAGUAACCAAAGGGUGGGGAAAAAUGAACUGAAAACAGAAAAGAAUAUAUGUACAUAUGUAAUAAUAUAAAGACAGAUGCCUAUAUUUCA